AUGUCGACCGAGAUUUCAGCUGUUGAUGAGUGGAUUACCACAGACGAUGGCUACUCAUUGUUUACCAAAACGUGGAAACCUGCUUCGUCGCCCGUAGCAACUGUUGUUAUGAUUCAUGGCUUUGGUGAACAUAUCGGACGCUAUGAUCGUCUCUUUACAUCAUUUGCAAAGCAGGGCAUUCAAGCCUAUGGUUACGAUCAGCGAGGAUGGGGCCAGAGCGGUAAAAAGGCGCAUGAAUUUGGCAACAACCAUGGCUAUGAUACAGCUCUAUCGGAUAUCAACAGUGCCAUCAAACGCAAUAAGUUGCCCGAUACACCCUUGUUCUUGAUAGGUCACAGCAUGGGCGGAGGCUUGAUCCUGAACUACUUGGCCAGUGAGCAUGAUGGUUUGGAUUUGGUGACGGGCGCUAUUGCAUCGGCGCCAUUGGUGAUCUUGUCCAUGCCUGUAUCGCCCUUCCGCUACUAUCCGCUGCUGAUGGCAUCCAAGAUUUUGCCAAGCUUUGUCAUCCAAGUUGGCAUGGAUGCUAAAGCAAUCAGUCACGAUGAAAAGGAAAUUGAAGUAUACAAUGCCGAUCCUUUGAUUCAUGAUUACGCGACCUUGGCAACGGUUCGCAGUUUCUUGGAUGCCGGCAAAGCAUUACUGAAGGAUGCUGCUAAAAUUCGCACGCCUAUCCUGUAUUCCCAUGGUACCACCGAUCCAGUCAAUGAUCACAAGGGCACAAAGACAGCUUAUGAAGUCACAUCCAGUCAGGAUAAGGAGCUCAAGUCGUGGGAUGGCCUUUUCCAUGAAUUACAUAAUGAAAGGCUUCCUGACAGAGAUCAGGUGAUGGAAUACUAUGCUGAAUGGAUUAAAGCCCGUAUUCUCUCAUAA